UUGGGAGAAGGAUAGCUCUGCAGCCUUUGGGUGGCUCCAAACCCCAACUUCGUCGACGGAUAUCGCUGCCGCAAGCGCUGCCCUCCUCCUCGUCCUCGGCAUCGUCCUCGUCAGUGUCGUCGGCCGCGGAGGUGGGGCCCACGGAGUUCGUCGGACCAACCGGAGUUCCCGAUCAUGUCGAUGCCAAAGGUCAUGCCACUCGUCGUCGACUAUGGUAGUCGAGCGCUCCGACGCCUUGUGCUGCAGCAGCAUCCCGUGAUCUCUCGUACCGGUCGCCUUGUCGGAUUUAAUCUUCUCGACGCGCGCUCUUCUCCUGCGCUCGCUGCAUCUCCUCCCUCAGCUUGUCACCCUCGUCCCUCGUUGCGCCAGUUCGAGUCGUUGGCAGAUAUGGCGUCUGCAACGAAAUCCCUCGUCGCCGGUGCGCCCGUCGCUCUGAACCUGUGCAGGAGCGCUUUGGAAUGCUCCGCGAAGCAGCAGCCGAUGCUUCUUGGUGCCGGUCGUGUCGGCAAGAGGGCAAUUGAGUUGUCCGCAGUCAGAAGUCUGAGCUCCGGGGCUUUCAUGUCUUCCAGAGCGCUGAAUUUUCAGAAGAGGUCGUUCUCCUUGUCCACUUCCAUCAAGGCCACCAUCCAGGUCGGAGAAAAGCUGCCCGAGGCCGAGCUCUCGUACCUCGACCAGGAGAACAAUGUACAGACUGUGAAGAUUUCGGAGCUCACCAAGGGCAAGAAAAUUGUUUUGUUCGCCGUGCCCGGAGCUUUCACACCCACCUGCUCCCAGAAGCACGUGCCCGGGUUCGUCGACAAGUCUGAUGAGCUCAAGUCCAAGGGCGUGGAUACCAUCGCCUGUGUCAGCGUGAACGAUGUUUUCGUCAUGAAGGCAUGGGGAGAGGGUCUUGGCGUCGGAGACAAGGUGUUGCUGCUCUCUGACGGGAACGGUCAUUUCACCAAGGCCUUGGGUGUCGAGUUAGACUUGAGCGACAAGCCCGUGGGUCUCGGAGUGAGAUCGAGACGCUAUGCCCUUUUGGCCGAUGAUGGCGUGGUGAAGCAGUUGAAUCUUGAGGAGGGCGGAGCUUUUUCCAUCAGUGGCCCUGAUGAAAUUCUUAAGGCUUUGUCCAGUGGACAAGUGGGUAUUGAGAAGGAGAUUUUAAAGUCUGGUAAAGGUCCCAAACCAGUACCGGGCCAAUACGUUACGGUACACUGCACUGGCUACGGUAAAAAUGGCGAUUUGUCGAAGAAGUUUUGGAGCACAAAGGAUUGGGGACAAAAGCCAUUUUCAUUUGUGAUUGGACAGCAACAAGUGAUCGCAGGUUGGGAUGAAGGUGUCCUUGGAAUGGCGCUCGGAGAAGUUGCCAGGUUGAAGUGCUCACCCGAUUAUGCAUAUGGGGCCGCAGGUUUUCCUGAAUGGGGUAUACAGCCGAACUCAACCCUUCUGUUUGAGAUUGAAGUCCUAAAAAUUGUUUGAUUUAGAUACGCACAUCGAAGUUGCCAGGUUGAUGUGGGGUGAUCACCUGAAGACGCGUCCGGCUUUCCAAGUUUGACUCUCUUCAUUUGAGACGGGAGAAUUCAAGAUCUGAUGCAUUCGAAAUGUCAUUUGACACUUAUGUUGGUCGAUCUUGAGAGUCUUAGACACUGGUAGCUUGUAAGAAACUAUAUUCAGUAAUGACUGAAUGACUGAAUUUUCAGUCACAGCAUAGAGAAUUUCGGUCACGAGUGUAGAGUUUUGGAGUCUGUAGAGAACUUCACGGGGACAAAGCGGAGUGCACGCCAUAAUUAAUUCUAUUCUUUUUAGAAAAGGAGGCCGCUGGUAGCGACUCACCGUAAUAAGAGAUAAAAAAUUGAGUUUGAGCAAGUGGAAAAAGUCCUAUUAUUUCUGGAUACCGCUGGUGUUUAACACCAUCCAUCCACCUUUGGAGCUGGCGGGUGGAUGGUGUGAAUGGUGCACAAGUGAAAUUUCUAAUGCACAACUGAAAGUUUCUGAGCGAUGAAUAACACUAAGAUUUGGCG